GCCACUGCUACCACCACUGGUACCAACACAUUGAGCUUUACCUUCUUCCUCCAUAAUGAAGGCCUUAAUCCUAGCACUGACACUCACCCUUGUGGGUUGUCAGCAAGAUGUUUAUGAACCUGAUUCAAAUCAAAAGAACUGUUUGAAUUAUGACUAUGAAGCUGAAGUUAUGACUAGACAUCCAGGGAAAAAAGGUGAAGGUGCUGGAAUAAAAAUAAAAUGUAUUGUUUAUAUCAAUGAUUUGGAUCACCAGCACAAAAUUUUGUCGCUUCACUCUCUUGAAGUAUAUGAAUACAGAGAUGGUCGCUACAUUCCAUCACCCUCAAUGAAACACUCUCUUAAGGAACUGGAUGACCAAGAAAUUACAUUUCAGUUCAUGAGGGGGAAUGUUGGAAACAUCAUGGCUAAUAGGAACCUCCCAGACUCUCUUCUCAACAUCAUGAAAGGGGUAGUGAAUCUAUGGCAAUGUUCCCUAAAAGAAGAAAAUACAUUCUACAGGAUGACAGAGGAUGGUGUUGAAGGAAGAUGCAACACAACAGUGCAUGUCCAUCAAGACAAGAAAACAGCUGAGAUACUUAUGACCAAAUACAAGGACUGUGAUGACAGCAUUGCAAAACUGUUUGGCGCCUCAUAUGUUUCCGAAAACAAACUCUGCAAGCAGAACAACAAUUUUCUAGCCUCAUCUAUAUCUAAAUACAGAAUUAAGCGUAAAGAAGAGGAAUAUCAGAUCAUGAAUGUUGAUGUUGAGGAGACCCAUGAAUUACCAUGCAGCGGGUUAAAUGGAAUUCCAGUAACAAAGGCCAGUCAGAGAUUGCGGUUGAGAAGGACACGGACAUGCUCACAACACGUGACUUCUAACCUGGAGAACCGAGGAUCACUUCGCUAUCGUCUUGACAAUGAACUUCCUCUGCUUCCUACCCAAUUAAUUAAAAAACAUGAUCUCAAGAUAGAAAGCAAGAUUGAGGCUAACCUGAAAUACUUGGUAGACCAACGUGACAUGAUUUCAAGUGAGAGAGCGCCAGAAGUCUUCCUGGAGACUGUCCAAAUGUUCCGCAUACAAAAUGGAUCACUUUUUUGUGAAAUGUUUGACAAGCACCUUCACCAGGAAGAUUACAAGGCUGUUCUUUUGGAUUUAAUUCCUGCUGUUGGUAGUCCAAGUGCAAUUAAUUGCCUGAAUGAUAAGAUGGAAUCACUGACUCCUGCUGAAGUAUUCUGGCCACUGCUUCUGUCGUUCCAUUUCUGCAACCCAACUCGUGAAGUGGUAGAUGUACUUAAGGAAAGUGUAAAACGAUAUCUUCAACAACCAGGUGCUUUUGGUCACCAGAUCGUCAUCCUUAAUUCAGCAGCAUUGAUUGACAGACACUGCAAAUCAGUAGGCUCACAUUGUCCUCCUUCAAUUAUUGAGCCUCUACGUGACCUUUCAAAUAAAAUACAUGCAUCUAAUAUAGAACGAAAUGUUUUGUUGCUGAAGAGCUUUGGGAACAUAAGGCACCCAGUUGUCCUGAAACAUAUCAAGCCAUUUUUGCCAGAUUAUGCAGAUGAAAGAUGUCCUUCUAAGCAUUCACGCAGAGUUCAUCAUAUUGCUUUACGGGCUCUAGGAAACGUGGCCAAGAAUGACCCAAAACAGGAUGCACAACAUAUUAUGCUUCAAAUGUUCCUGAACCGCAACUGUCAUCCUCUGGACCGAAUGACUGCUGCUUCCAUAUUUCUGGAACACAGAUUCACUCGUUCUAUGCUUAUACCCUUGGUUGAUGCUCUGAAAGAAGAACGCAACAUGCAAGUGAAAAAUUUUGUCAGGACUAACCUAUUGGCACUGACUGAAAGCAAAGCUUCAUUUUGCCGAGAUAUGUUUCCUUUCAUCAGAAUGGCUCUUAAAGGCUUGUCCUCAGAACCUCUCCUACAACCCUUUCUAUUCAGCCGUGUUUUCCUCUUCAAAGCAGUCAAAGAUAUCCCCAGAGUUGGUGUGGAAAAGAAGUUUGAGGUCAUGAAUGAUGGAGGGAUUGCAUUUUUAAGGGGCAACACAAGGGCAAUUAUCGGUGACAACACCCUUCCUCUUGUGGACAUGACUCUAGCCAUUGAAAAUUUGCCCCAUAAACCACCUGUUGCAGGAGGAUAUGUGAAAAUAUUGGACAAAGAAAUUUUAUAUGGGACUGCAAUCCAGAACCUUUAUCAGGCACGUGAUGGGCAAGAAUGGAUUAAAUAUCUCACAACUCCUAUAUCAAGUAAUGGUCCCCUUAAGCUGACAAAGCAUUUGCUGCCAUCAGAAGUCACUCUUGUUUGGCCUUCAUGUACAGGAUUCACUCUGGCAGUUGGCAUGGUUGUUGCUUCUCAGACAAAAGCGGAAUGGAGAGUUGAUUCAAGUAUUACUCCUCGGCCAACAUCAGAUUCUACAAUGUCUGACUUGAUUAAUGCCAACAUUAAAAUGCGUGUCAAGGGUAAUCUAAGGUCAGACAACAUUAUGAAAGUUACAACAGGAGUCAAUAUGCCUCAGUGUCAGGUUUCUUUGGAGACGUAUGCCACAUUUACUGCAAAUGUCCCUCUUGAUUUUAAUACUGCUCUCAAUAUUAAGGAACAAAAGUUUGAACUUCAAGUUCCACCAUGUAAUCAGAAAAAAGAAAUAAUUUCUCUAAGGUCUAAGACAUCUGUAGUCACUCGCAGUACUGAAGUAAUGAAGUUACCUGCUGAUCGUCUCCAUGAUGCAGCAAAAGCACCUAACAAAAAGUAUCAACAUGAAUCAGCAGAAAAUAGAGAUAAUUCAGAGGAGAAUCUUUCUUCAGCAAAAGACUUACCAACAAGGAGCACUGAAUCAAGAAGGUCCAGUCGCCAAGACUUACCAACAAGGAGCACUGAAUCAAGAAGGUCCAGUCGCCACUCAGUUUCAUGCUUUGAGGCACAUACAUUUGGAUGUGAGGUUUGUGCUGAAUGGUCAAGUGAAAAUACUGAAUGUAUGCUGGAUAAUCCUCUCAUCAGCACAUCUGCUUUUGUAUUAACCCUCCAACAAACCCCUACAGAAGCAAAAAUUCGCAGCCUAAAAUUCAUGAUUCAUGGAGGUCCCCCAGCUCCUCAGCAAAGAUCAUCUAGGGAGAUGUCUGGAGAGCACCAUGUUCUUAGGAGACGGAGAAAUACUGAUGACACUGAUUACGAUAAUCAGGAUGAAAAUCUGGAAGAGGCCACCGACCGUCCUAGGAGCAUUGAUGAGGACAACAACAGGGACAAAAUCAGUUUUAGUAAUCCUGUCAGUGAAGAGGACAACAAAAGCCACAGUAGCAGAAGUGAUGAUCCUAACAACUCACAGAUGAUUAAAUUCUUGGAAGAUCCAUUUUCAUGUAUGAUGACAGUUGUUGCUGAGGCAGAUAAGGGUAACAAGAGGGAUGGCUACCAAUCUGUAUGGAUUCUUCACAGUGACAAGAAUGAAGCUCGACUGCAUAUAUCUGCAAAAACAAUUGACAGCACUGCAUGGAAGGCAACUGUUAACACUAUCAUAUCACCUACUGUAACCCAGGCCGUUGUGUGUAGUGGUGAAAAAUGUGAGGACUACAGAUUUGAAGUAAAAUCUUACACUGGCCAAGGUACAUAUCCAUCCAUCAAAAUGAGGAUGAAGUGGAAACAAUCUCCAGCGGCACUUAUCCUAAGGAAACCAAUUGCUUGGGUUGUGCAGUCAUAUCCAACUGUGGCAUACAUUUUAGGCUAUUUGGAAGGUUGUCGUAAGGAUUCUUAUCAAGAGUUUGUGCUGAGAAUGACGGAAAGAACACCAUAUACAGCUGAUCUCUACGUUCAAGUUCAUGAGAAAACCAUUUUGAAGGAGACUGUUUGUAUUCCAUUUUCUUUACCCUCGAGACAAUAUCCACAUUAUCACAUAUUACAUUAUUUAUCAAAAGAAAAUUCCACUAAUUUUGCUCAAGAAUUACUAUCAUUGAUAUCCAGAGGUGAAGAUGUAUGUGAGAUGGAUGAAAAAAAAAUUAAAACCUUUGACAACAAGAUAUUCUACAAUUCACUCAAAGAUGAUGGAUUCCUAGUAGUCGAAGACUGUAGCAGAUCUGCUGAUUAUACACCACAAUUCAAAAUUAGGACAGUGAAGCCUGAUCCUAACCUUCCAAUGCAGCUUUUGUUUACUACAGGUUCAAUGGAUAUCAAAAUCUUGGAUUCAUCUCUUCAAGUGUUACUUAAUGGAGAGCCUAUUCUAGUGAAUGAAAACCGGUAUGAGGACAACAAAGUCAACUUGGUCAUUUACAGAAAUGACACCACUGUUGUGAUUGAGUCUUCAAUGGUGAAAGUGAUGUAUAAUGGUUUCACACUGCAGAUAAUAGUUCCUCCUGCAAUGAGAGGCCGUACCUGUGGACUCUGUGGAGACAAUGAUGGAGAAAUACAAAAUGAAGGCCUGAUGCCAAAUCUAGGGCUGGCACAGAAUGAUACUGCAUUUUUCCAUUCUUGGGCUUUGAAGGUUUAUAAUGAAAAUGAUGAAAUGGUCCCUGACAGCACACCAGGAGAUGACGAUAGCGAUGAGCAAAUGUAAAUUACCCUGAUCUCGAAAGUGACCUGACAAUGUACGACAAAGUAACUCUUUUAAACCCCAGUUAAUUGAAUAGUUGGACAGCUACACAGAAGUGUAAAAGUCAUAGUAAUAUAUUGAUACGUAUUAUUCAACAUACUAAACUCAAAUGUGUAUACAUUUCUUAAUAAAUGCAAAUACUCUUUAAAUAUA